CAUGAUAAAUGUACCAUUUUUUAUCCUCACUUUUUCCCUUUAGCUCUACUUUUUGCUUACUACCACUAGGAAAAAUAUGAACUGAAACACUCCAAACAAACAACGGCACACACCCCCUCCUGGAUUUAGCAAAAAAUUAAUCCCUCGUGUGACGAAGAUUUGUUGUAUGAGCUGAAUGCACUUGGAUCUGAAUGAGGCGUUUCGGAGCCCAAUGUCAUCGUCGGAUCACAAAAUUCGGCUCACUGUAUUGAAGAACAAUUCGGAGGAAAUCCAAUUGGCGGCUGAGUCCCAGAAAUCGGUUUCUAGUUUCAGGGAUUCGACAGCAGCUGCCCAAAACCCUAAUUGUUCCUGUCAGCAUUUAUCGGAGCUCAGAUCACAGCUGGGUCCCGACCCGUUCCGCAAUCUUCGGGAGUGUAUCCGCGUCCGCGCUCUCGGGCGCGCCUCCAUCCGCCGUGGAGAGAACAUCUGGUGCGGAAUAUGUGGCCGCGCGGCGCCGCAGCUGUACGCCUGCGUGUCGUGCCCCGCCGUUGCGUGUCGGGCUCAUGCCCCACCCCACGCGGAGGAGACCUUGCACCAUGUCGCUGUGGAUGUGGAUCGGGCCGAGCUCUUCUGCUGCUCGUGCAGGGACCAAGUAUACGAUCGUGAUUUCGACGCCGCUGUCGUGGAAGUCGCCGUUGGGAUCGGUCCCCUUCCCCCACCGGAGAAUCUUCGAAAGCGGAGGCGCGUGGACUACAAACCGUGGAGCCCAGAUCUCAAGGAGCAGGCCCUGAUUGCUGAGAACUCGAGCCCUUUGCCACCAACUCAACUCGGUGGUGACUCUGUGAAUCGACUCGGAGUUGACCCGGGACCGCUUCCUUGUGGGUUGAGAGGUCUCAGCAAUCUCGGAAAUACGUGUUUCAUGAACUCAGUUUUGCAGGCGUUGCUGCAUACGCCUCCAUUGAGGAAUUAUUUCCUGAGUGAUAAGCACAACCGCUACUACUGCGAGAGAGAAAAUAGAACCAUUGUUACUCGAAAGACCGAGAUUAAUAAAGCCAAUAAUAAGAACGUGCAGUUGUGUCUAGCGUGUGAUCUGGAUGCGAUUUUCUCGGCAGUGUUCUCAGGGGAUCGGAUGCCGUACAGCCCAGCAAAGUUCUUGUACAGUUGGUGGCAGCAUGCAUCAAACCUUGCAAGUUACGAACAGCAGGAUGCACAUGAAUUUUUCAUUUCCAUGCUUGAUGGCAUUCAUGAAAAGAUGCAGAAAGACAGGCGCAAACCCCAUNUUCAAGGCAGUGGAGACUGUUGUAUUGCUCACCGUGUAUUUUCCGGCAUCCUUAGAUCUGAUGUCAUGUGUACGUCCUGUGGUUUCACAUCAACAACAUACGAUCCAUGUGUAGAUAUCUCGUUGGACUUGGAACCAAAUCAGGUUGGUUCUGCAAAAGCGACAUCCACAAAAUCCAAUUAUUCUGUCAAUAAUGAGGCAGAUUCCAGGAACUCUGGGCAGAGCCCCAGCCUUUCCACCUUGGUUGGAUGUCUUGAUCAUUUCACAAGACCAGAGAGAUUGGGUUCUGACCAAAAAUUCUUCUGCCAGCAAUGUCAAGUGAGGCAGGAAUCUCUCAAACAAAUGUCUAUAAGAAAGCUUCCUCUUGUUUCUUGCUUCCAUAUUAAGCGGUUUGAGCAUUCUCCCAUCCGUAAAAUCUCGAGAAAGAUUGACCGUUAUCUACAGUUCCCUUUUUCGCUAGACAUGGCACCUUACCUAUCAUCAUCUAUUCUUCGAAGUAGGUAUGGAAACAGAAUCUUCCCUUUUGAUGGGGAUGAGCAAGAUGCUUCUGGUGAAUUUUCUUCGCAAUUUGAGUUGUUUGCUGUCAUCACUCACUCAGGUAAACUUGAUGCUGGUCAUUACGUGACAUACUUGAGAUUAGGCAAUCAAUGGUACAAGUGCGAUGAUGCUUGGAUCACUCGAGUCAAUGACGACAUUGUCAGGGCUGCACAAGGAUACAUGAUAUUCUACGUGCAGAAAAUGCUUUAUUACAGAGCAAGUGAAAGGACAGUUGCUACAUGAGGACCAUUUUUCGUGAAAACAGGCGCUCCUGAUACCUUAUACCAUGAACUUCAAUGAACUAUCUUGAGGAACUAAUACCAAUAUUUCUAGGCUUGUCUUUGGUUAAGGCCUUCCUACUACUAGUUCCUGCAUCCAGGUGCAUCUUGAUGAGCAAUCUUCUACUUCAGUUGGGAUUUAUUUUCAUCUCAAUUUCUCGGAGUUACAUUGCUUCUAAACAAAAUUUCUGAUGUUUUGACUCUUCCCUUUUCCCCAUUCCUAGUUACAUUGUAGGUGAUGAUUCUACAAAAUGUAGGGGUUGGUUAAAGCUCAAAGAGCGCCAAUCAUACAAGGCGACUUUGUUUUGGUGAUAAACUGAUUAAAGAACCUGUUUACCUUC